AAGGGGGCCCUGCCUACAUCUUCUCGUAAUCCACUGCCCAAUGUCCCUUAGAACAUGGAGCAAAUUAUGGCAGUUUCCCUACUAUAAAACCUAGUUUUCUCUCUCAAAUAUCACGCCCAAAAUAAAUUUAGUUCUCAUGGCAAAAAACACAUAAUUUUUCUAUAUUUUUGGAGCAGCAAAUUAAGCUAUAAAUGGACAUUGAAAUGGUGAAGUGUGAGUGCUGUGGAUUGAAAGAAGAUUGCACACAGGACUAUAUAAAUGAAGUGAAGGCAAAAUUUGAUGGUAAAUGGCUAUGUGGCUUGUGUUCGGAAGCCGUAAGAGAUGAAGUUAACAAAGGGAAUAAAGAAUUUGUAAUGGAAGAAGCUGUCAAGGCUCACAUGUCAUUUUGUCGCAAAUAUAAGUCGAAUCCAGCCAUUCAAGUAGCAGAUGGGAUGAGGCAAAUGCUAAGGAGAAGGUCCGGUGAUUUUUCAUCAUCUUCUUCUUCUCCAAAGAAAUAUUCGAGAUCUGCUGCAAGUUCUUAUUACUAGCAAGAAAAAUAAAGGGGCGCCUCUCAUCUUUGGUUGGAAUAAGGUAUAACAAUUCGAUUCGUCUGUGUUUAGUAUACUGUACUAGACAUGAAUGUACAAUAUAAAAAUUCGAUUCAUGACCAAGUCUCCUUUGUACAUACAUGUAAUUCCAUGGGGCCUUCUACCUGGUUUUUGUUUAUUCUUCAA